AUGAAGUUUUCAACCGCCACGUUAAUUGCUGUGUUGUCCUCCAUCGUCAAUGCCUCCUGUUCAUACGAUGGUGGAAACUAUUACUGUUCUGAAACCAAAAAGGUUGUUUACAAAGGUAUCGGAUUUUCAGGAUCCUACCAAGAUGUCACCAAUAUGGAUGAAGACAGUGGCUCUUGUUCUCAAGAAUCAUACUCCUUUUCAGGAAACUUGAGCCCCCUCGAUGAAGAAUUAUCAGUUCAUUUCAGAGGUCCUUUGAAAUUGUUACAAUUUGGUGUCUACUAUCCAAGCGGAUCUAAUAGCAAGAGACAAGUUGAAGAUUGCAAUACUCAACAUAUCCACCACAAACAUAAAAGAGCUACUGAAAUUGUUCAAGUUACUCAAACUGUAUUGAUUGAUGGUAAUGGAAACACCGUCACUUCACAAACAACAGAAACAUCGACCGCUGAUGAUAACCAAGGUGGCUCUAGCUCCCCCGCAGAUGGCUCUUCUGGCACUACUUCCAUCACUAAUUUAGCCGGACAAGGAAAAGCCUACAGAUCAAUCUCCACCUCCUCAGCACCAACAACCACCUCAUCCGAUUCUUCAUCUUCAGAGACUGCUUCUGCUGAUGGUGCUUGGCAAAGAGACUCUUAUUAUACCCCAGGCAAUGCCGAUAACUGUGUCUUUUUAAACUACUAUGGUGGUUCCGGUUCCGGUGUCUGGUCAUCCAAGUUUGGAAAUUCAUUAUCAUAUGCAAACUCCGACAACUCGGGUGGAUCAUCAAGUGCCGUUGCUUUAGAAGAAGUCACUAUUGGAUCAAACACUGAAUUUGUCGUCAUGUCUGGUGAAAAAUGUUCAGGAAACUCUUGUGGUUACUACAGAGAGGGAACUGUUGCUCAUCAUGGGUUUGGUGGAAGCAACAAGAUUUUUAUUUUUGAAUUUGAAAUGCCAAGUGAUGGCUCUUCUGGAUUCAAUGCUGAUAUGCCAGCUGUUUGGUUAUUAAAUGCCAAGAUCCCUAGAACUUUACAAUAUGGUGAUUCUUCUUGUUCAUGUUGGAAAACCGGUUGUGGUGAAUUGGAUUUAUUUGAAAUCUUGUCUUCUGGAUCAAACAAAUUGAUUAGUCAUUUGCAUGAUGGCCAAGGUGCUUCAUCAAACACCAACAAUGGUGGUGGUGGAUCCCAAGAUUAUUUCGCUAGACCAACUAGUGGAUCUUUGAAAGCAGCAGUCAUUUUUACCAGUAAUGAAAUUCACAUUGUUCAAGUUGAUGAUUCAACAAACUUUGGUUCCAGUUUGGAUGAGGAUACUGUAAACUCCUGGUUGCAACAAUCAGGUUCUGCAGCCACCAUCGGAUAUUAG